GGCUCCCAACAACCCGGAAGUAAAUGGCCGUAGUCACCGGAUGCACCUUCAAAACACACGCGGGAGUGGAGAAAAGGAGACGAAAAUGGCGGGUAUGAGCUUACUGAAGAACAAAUUUGAGUCAUUCAAGUGUUCAGCAAAUGAUGUCGUCCACUUCAAACUUGUGCGCCAGGAAUCCGACAUAUUUACUGAAACGACGACAUUCAAACCUGAAAUGACCCACCAGCUGUUUGGGGAUCAAGAAAGUAUAUUUGGCUACAAGGACCUUGUGGUGGAGAUGUAUUACAGUGCCUGCAGACUCUCCACUUACAUCAACAUGAAGUACAGUGAGAAACUCACCCCAGACAAGAUAGUUGACAGUGCUGCUAUUUCACUGCCUCCACCGGACAAUGUUCUGCCAACCCUCACCAAGGAGUUACCUCCUGGCUUCUACACUAGCAGGGAUGAAUUUAUUACCUCCCUUGCCAAAGAUGCCAACUUCAAACCUUUUGGAGAGAAACUGCAUUCAUAUACAGUCAAUAAAGACAAUGUUAAUCGUGAGUUUGAGAUAUUCAAGACUGACAUAGAAGCACCUGGUUUCCGAGAAUACCAUGACAGGCUCCAGACGUUCAUCCUCUUCUACAUUGAUGCAGCAUCUUUCAUUGAUGUUGAUGAUGACAGAUGGUCCUAUUAUCUUCUAUUCGAGAAAUACCAAAGCAAUGGGAACCCGAUGCAUGCCAUUGUCGGCUACAUGACAGUGUAUAACUAUUAUGCUUAUCCAGAAAAGAUUCGACCAAGAAUCAGCCAAGUGUUGAUCCUGCCGCCGUUCCAGAAGCAGGGUCAUGGUGCUCAGCUUCUCCAAACCUUCUACAACAGCUGCUACUCCAGCUCGGAUGUGCUAGACAUUACAGUUGAAGACCCAUCUGAGAAUUUCCAGAGAUUACGUGACUUUGUGGAUGUGAAGAACUGCAUGGAGUUGACUAGCUUCGAACCAGACAGGUUGUAUCUUGGCUUCUCCGAGGACAUGGUAAUUGAGGCACAGAAGAAACUCAAACUGUCACGGCGUCAGACAAGACGAGUGUACGAGAUGCUGCGACUCCGAGCCACAGACGCAAGUAACAAGGAAAUGUACCGCCAGUACAGACUGGACAUUAAGAAGCGUCUCAAUGCACCUUUCCAGAAGAACGGACGUGACUUCAAGAAGCUGGAGAAGGCUCUACAGCCAGAAGAGUUGUCGCAGACCCUGAGCUGCAUGUCACUGGAACAGCGCCACCUGUAUCUGGAGAAGGCCUUCCAGGAUCACGUGGACGUGUACCGCCACAUCCUGGACCGAGUCACCAUUGGCUCAUGACGACAGACACAGUUGUCUCCAGCUCAUGGUUUCUAACUUAUUUGUGGACUAGACCUCGUUUUGUCCAGAAUGUGUUCAGUUAUCACCGGAGGUGUGAUAGAUUGAAGCCAACAAAUUGUACGAGACAAAGGUAAUGGUGGCCACUGUAGGACUGUGUUAAGUGGCAGGGGGAUAAUGAUUCGUCUCCAUUUAAAUGGCGUCAAGAGGACAGAUAUUAUCGUCUAACAUCAUUUUGGUAGCCAUCUUUGUGGAAUGGCAAGAAAAUAUUAAAGUGUACUUUUUGUGGCCAGUUAUGCAUAAAAAUUUAAAACAAAAAUCUACACACGUUCUCGGUGUUCCUGGGAUGGAAAAUGUUCUCGAGGGUCCUCCCACUCACUACAUCCCGAUGUUCACAAAUGAACAUAAACAACACUUGUAUCACUGAAGUACAGUUGUAAUGGGACAGGUCUUCACUGGGUGACCAUAUGACUGUAAGUAGCACUGAUGACAGUUUACUAUGCUGUUUGUGAAAGUCUUUAUGACAAGUUAUCAGUACCACUGGUCAGUUAGUCUGAUCCAUGAUUGGCAAGCACUACUUGAUUCUGAGUCUUCAACUCACACACCUCAACUCACUUCACUGCUGUUCCCUGGUAUCCUUGUGCAUAGUUGGUUGAAGACUUUAUGUACAUCUUUGUGUAUAUAUGUCGAUAUGUUCCAAUAAAUCCAUUCGGAUAAAGUGCUAA